CGGCAACGACGAUAGUUGGAAUCCAGUGAUCCAGCAGGCACAGCCCGACGAUUCUUUGCAAUCGACUACGCCGCAAGGGCAUGUACUGAGGACUUUCACGACUAUCUCCCUCUGAUCACGGCCGGAAUAAAUCAACAAUGGUGGCACGAAACCUCUUCUCUUUGGCCGCUGUUCCCAUCCUAGCGGCCUCUGCUCUGCCUGCAGCAACCUCCACUGGUCCAACAGAACCAAGUCCCACCAACCUCGACAAUGGCUUCUGGGAUAGCUUCUCCUCGAACUGGACUUGGCCUGCGCCUCUCGAUAAGGGAUUCCUUCGUACCUUUUACCUGGAGAAUCCCGAGGAGACGAACGUCAACACCACCAGUGAGACUAACGACGACGUCGGACGGAAAACGGACUUGAUCCUCGCAGCCGUGAAGAACGUCACGACGCCCAAGGAGGGAGAGUUUGGCAGCGACAAUGUUGUCGUCAGGGUUGGCGAUAGUCUGAAGCCGGAAUUCUCUGUACCCGAAUCCUCCACCGGCAAGAAGAGGAGAGUGGAACUCAAGUGUCUUGUUUGCUCUAAAGGAAGCGAGAACGGUUCGAUCUACGAUGCCUGCGAUAGUUACAAAGAUUCCUCGUCCGUGUCGUUCUUCUACAAUGCCACAGACCCCAUCGAGUCCCAAGAGCGCAUCACUCUCCCAGCAUUGUCCUCAUCCCUCGAGCUCCCCAAGACCACCGUCGGCCUCUGCAUGUUGACCGUCUCCCGGAGCGAGGAAUCAUACGCCGACUUCGACCACUCCAUCCCCUUCGCCGUGACCCACGAACCCCGCGAAGACGGCAAGGCAUGGCUCUUCAACAAGGCCACCUCGACCGGCGCCCUCGACGCCGAACAGCCCACCCAGUCCCCCGCCGAAGCCACCCCACCUCCCCAGCACAAGAGCAACGGCAUGCACAUGUCGGGCGGAGCCAUCGCCGGCAUCGUCGUCGGCUUCCUGGUCCUCUGCGGUAUGAUCGGCUGCGUCACCGUUGCAACGAGGGGCUCCCAAAACAUCGGCAACGAGGCCAAGGUCAUCGACGAGACGGAGUUGGGCCCCAUGCCGAGCGGCGACCACGCCCAGGGCGGUGCUCCUGGCACUGCCGGUGCCGCUGCCGUCGAGAGGAGAGUCGAGACCGAUGACAACGGAGAGAUCCCGCCUUCGUACCAGCAGGCCGUCGCUACUGGUGAGCCUCAGCCGCCGCCAGCCACGCAGCCGCCGCCGCAGCGAUACGCAUAGACUGGAUGACGCGAGGAGGUUGAAGUCGUCUUCAAUGGCAUGUUGGGAGGAAAUUUUAAA